AUGAAAAAUUCACAGAGAUGCUUGACCUAUCAGAACGAAGCUUAUAAUAAAUUGGAAAUAACAUCAUCAUAAGUGUUAAAAGGGAAAAUAAUUGAGAAGGAUGAAUAGGUCAAUAAUUUAGAAAUAAAUUUAGAUAAAUGAUUAGUAAAGUUCUUGUGCAUAAUCGUUUGAGAUUCAAGAGUUUAAUCUAUAAUUACUAAUAGAUAAAUCAUAAGAAAAAUUGUAGCAAUAAGAAUAAUUAUAAUUGCACUCUCCAACAGGUCGAAAUAGAUCAAAUUCGUUUGAAGACUUAUAAUAGAAAUUAAAUGAUUAUAUUGAGCAAUAUAUUUAAGACAUUAAAGAGCCCUAACAUUUUUUAGACACGUAUUCGUUAUAAAACUCUGAAAUUUGCGAUGAUGAAUUUUCAUCACAAUCUAUCGAUUUAUGUUAGAGAAUAUAUUAAGUAGAAAUAUAUUAUUUUAUUUUUAGAGAAUAAUAGCUCAACUAAAUCUAUCAGUUAUAUAAUCCAAUUCAAUUGAACAAUCGACUACUGUGUCCUCGCCUAAAAAUAAUGAUUCAAUUUAGAUAAUGAAUUACAUGACUACAUCUACUCCUUUAACUCCUGUAUAAUUGGAAGAUGUUCCAAAAAAAAAUAUUACAAAUUCAUCAAGUUAAGAUUAAAUAGGAUUUAAAACUAGUUGGUAUUCUUUGAAGUCUUGA